AUGAACUCUUCUUGUUCCUUCCAUCUCUUCAUCUUCGCCGCCGUUAUCUUUGUUUGUUGUUUAAAUCCCACCGAAGCUGCCACGUGUCAUCCUGAUGAUGAGGCGGGUCUUUUAGCUUUUAAAUCGGGUAUAACCGAAGACCCUUUGGGUAUGUUGAGCUCCUGGAAGAAAGGUACUGAUUGCUGCUCCAGCUGGUCCCAUGUCAUCUGUCAACUAAGCGACCGUGUCACCUUACUCUAUUUGGAUGGAUAG